UUCCAGCCCCAGCAGAUGAGACCCUUUCUCUGCGUGGCAGCCACAGCGGCUCAGACAGGACACAUGGCAGGUCCCCUGCUGCUCCUACUGCUGUCCUUCGCCCUGGGAUCUGCUGGACAAGCAGCCCACGGCAACGGGGAAAGGAUUGUUAAUGGAGCGCCGUGCUCAAGAGGCUCCCACCCCUGGCAGGUGGCCCUGAUGCGCGGCAGGGACACGCAGUGCACAGGGGUGCUGAUCCACGCGCAGUGGGUGCUCACCGUGGGCCACUGCCGACAGCUUGCCUACAACGUGCAAAUGGGCAGCGAUGUGUUGAAUGACCCCAACGCCCAGGUGAUCAGGGCCACGGAGUCCUUCGUCUACCCCCAGUUUGACGGCACCAAGAAGGUGCAUGACAUCAUGCUUGUGAAGCUGAGCCGCCCGGCCACGCUGUCGUCCUCCGUGAGGACACUCGCCAUUUCUCCCAAAUGCACGAGCCCUGGGACCACGUGCUUGGUUUCCGGCUGGGGCAGCACCACCGGCAGCCCCUUUGAGACCUAUCCAUCGGAUCUCAUGUGCACAAAUGUCACCAUCAUCCGCCUGGAGGACUGCAGGAGGCACUUCCUGUACCUGAAGAGGCAUUACAUGGUCUGUGGUGGCACCCACACCAGCAACACCAACGCCUAUGUGGGGGACUCAGGGGGACCACUGGUGUGCAACGGCGCCCUGCGAGGCCUGGUGUCCCGGGGACCUUCGACUCCAUCCCUGAACCCCGUUGUCUUCACGGCAAUAUGCAGAUACACCCAAUGGAUAGAGGACACCAUGAGAAGAUAUUCUUGAUCAAUCAUACGCCCAUCUCUCGCUUCCUAUGCCCUGAACAGGAAACUCACAGAAAUAAAGCA